AUGUCUAAUAAACGGCGAGCUAGUUUACAAUGUAAUUUGUUUAGAGAAAGUAAUCUUAUAGAUAAUAAUGAAGUAUACGGUGAAUAUAAACCAUUUAGUCAUUUAAAAAGGUGUAUAAAUGAUCAACAUCAUAUUCAAGAUAGAUAUAAUUCAUUUUCUAAUUUGAAACAUUGUCAUUUAACAUUAAUUGGGAAACCUUUUUACUCUAAACAAUCUAUUAUGAAUGAAUUAACUGGUUAUAAUUCUGCUCCAAGUUCUAAUUCUUCACCUAAACAUAGAAGAUCCCAACCAUCUAUUUGUUAUUAUAGUCGUUCAGAUUUACUUGAUGGUUCUAUUAAUAAUAAGGAAGAAAUAUAUCCUCAUUCUAUUUUUGAAAGAAAAAGAUAUAUUGAGGAAUAUGGAAAUUUUAGAAUAGGUUCUAGUAAUCAAAGGAGAAUUCCUACUCAUAUAUUACAUCAUACCCCAUCACAACCUAUACUUAAAUUAUCCCAUAAUACACAACAACCUUGUAAUAUUUAUACUCCAACUAAUACACCAUAUAGCUCACCAAUAACAGGAAGAAAGUUACCAAUGAAACCAAUAACACAACAAAGAUUUCUUUCUAGAGCACAUAAAUCUGAUUUAAAUUUUCGUUUUCAGAAACAUCUCGAAGAAAUUGAAAAAAGAGUUACAGAUAAAAAUCCUGAAGAAAUUGAUCCUGUUUAUUUGGCAUUAAAACAAGCACAUAAAACGUAUGGUCGUCGAUCAUCAUCUUCUAAUAAUUAUGAUUCAAUAUCUCCAUCUCCAAGAAAUUUAUCGCAAACAUCACUUCAAGAUAGUGGAUAUGUAGAAGCAGGAAUAGAUAAUCGUCCACGUUUAUUAGGUUCAACACCUUUACUUAACCAACAAAAUAUUUUAGUACAUAACUGUCAAAAUUUGAAUUACGUACAGACAACCGUACAACAACAACCAUCCGGUGUUUAUUCUCCAAUUUCUAAUAAUACAAAUUAUCAAAUUCAACAAUAUUCAAUUCCUAAACGCAGAGCACCAAAACUCGAAAAACAAAUGAAAUCAUUAUCAUUGGAUUGUGCUGAUAUGCCACCAGUAAUGACAUCAACAGUAAGAUCUCCAUAUAGAAACGGGAAUAAUAUAGGAAAUAAUACUGUAAUUGUUUCAUCAAAACAACAACCUUCAAAAAAUGUUAGAAUUUUACCAAAACAUGGAGAAAUAAUGGAAAAAGAUAAACCUUCAUCAUUAAACAGUCAAACUGCUUCUCCACGUAAGCUGCCACAAAAAAAUUUUCCAGCUUCUCAACUUAUGCAUAUUGUUAUUCAUGAAUAUAGAUCUCCAAAAGCUGUAUUUUCUUUAACAAUUGGACAAAGAAUGAGAAUUGUGGAUAAUGGUGAUCCUGAUUGGCUUCAUGGAUUUAUAAUAGGAGAUUUAACUGAAACACUUCUUACAUUUCCAAGUACAUGUGUAUCUCCAAUUUAUGGAAAUGAACAACCUAUGCGUGUUACACAAAAUAUUAUGAUUCCAGAUACCAAACUUCGUUUAUAUCGUGAUCAAGUUGUAUUUGCUCAAGCAGAUACUAUAAGAACUGAUAACAAAGUUCUUGUAAGAACUGAGAGAGAUAAAUUUGCUCAUUGUCCAUUAUCAAAUUUGCAAAUAUUGUAA